UGUGAACAGAAGCAGGCCUUCCGAACGCUUCUAAGUCCAGUUCCUCUCAAAACUUGGCUGAAACUUCUUCAUGACCCAAGCCUGUUUCGUAUCCUUUGGACUACUGAGUUUAAAAUGGAUGGCUAACGAUCUGAAAUAAAACUACUCAGUCACAUAUUGGGAAGUGUAACGAAUUCUGAUUAUACGGGAGGAAUCGGUAUCAUCAUAGAGAUAAAACAAAAGUGGGUAUAUCGAUAUACGAUCCGAACUGACUUUUGGAGGUGUAAUAAGCACCGAAUUACACUAUAAGGCUGCAACCAUGGCUACGUCGUGGAUAAUAUUCGCUUUGGUCGUUGUCUUGACAACUUCUACUUCAUAUGGCGAAGAGAUCUGUAAUCCACCGAGCACCAUUCCUGGCGUAAUUACGUCACCGGGUUACCCCUCACCAUACGAAAAUACAACGGGAACGUGGAACUGUUCUAUAGAAUUACAAGCUCUCCAAGAUCGCUUACGAUUACAGUUCACAGACUUCGAUCUCAGGGAAGGCGACGACUACGUGAUGGUGGUCGAUGAUCACGGCACACAAACGAUGUUAACAGGGAGUUCACUACCAAAGGAUUUCAUUGGGAGUGCUUUCGAAGUUACUUUCAUUUCUGAUGGAGUGGAGAACAAUGCCACCGGAUUUAGUUUUACUUAUGAUGAGUAUACCAGAGAUCCGAUCUCCCCUAAGCAAAUUAUGGACGAUAUCGACCUAAAACCGGGAAAAGCACUUCAUCUCUACACCAAUGACUACCCAAUGCUCUACGACGAUAAUACGUAUUAUUUAUGGAAUCUUACGUCAUCAAGCACCGGUGUCAUGGUUAUGACCAUCGUUGACAUGGACACAGAGGACCAACGUGAUUGGUUGAAAGUUACUUCUUAUUCAAUGACGUCGGGCCCGGAAGUUCUGCUCUACGAGUCCGGAACGCCUACCGAUGAUGUCGGCCAAUUGACUGUGAGGGAUGCAGAUUACGUUACAGUGGAAUUUAUGACUGAUUAUUCUAGAAGUGGGCGUGGUUUCCAUUUAAUCGUUGAACCAGAUAGUGCAAUGGAUAUCAUAUCUGAUGGACCUGAUACUGGCUGUGGGGGAGACCUUAAUUUAGGAAAUGAAGAUUUAUCAGUCCAUUUGCCAGAGGAGACAUCAAACCUGCACUGUAUAUGGAGGAUCGAGAAUAGUUUUAAAGAAAGGAUCAGUGUUGAAGUCCAUGGUCUCUUUGUUGAAGAAGGCACAGAGUACCUUGAAAUCAGAAGCGGGCUCAAUCAUUCAGACUGGAGAAGUUAUCGCCGUCGCUUGACAGGGGUUGUUGCUUCUGAGACUGUCUUCAUAGAUGCUGAUGAAAGUGUUACUUUGAUCUUCUCUUCUGGCAGUGCUGACUUGAAUAGAACCUUUCAUGCCCAUAUUGGGCAAAUGCAAGACUAUGGCUGUAGUGGUGAGAUUGACCUAUCAAUUAAUGGCCGAGGUUAUCUGGACAUUGGAAAUUUCUCAGACAUGUCCCACGUAUACUGCCAGUGGCUCAUCAAAACUCCAUUGCUCACUAACAUUAAUUUCCAUGUUGAUUCUCUACAUAUUGAACACAACUAUGACGUCUUUGAAAUUGGAACCGGGAUGGAUCCUACGGAUGUUAGGUCUCGUCAGAAGCUCAUCACACGGGACGUCAUGGAUCAGACCUUCUCAACGUAUUCAGGAGAGAUGUGGGUGGUCUUCUCAGCUGAGGAUCUUAUGCCAGGAGAUGACAUCAAGAUCUCAGUAUCACUGGAUGAUAAUGCUUGUAUCCUCAAAACCAUCCUAGAGAGCAACGGGGAGAUUGAUUCUCCCCGUGGUCUGAAUGGAAUGUACCCUGAUGAUGCAGACUGCCAGUGGAUCGUUCAGGUCCGUGGGGGGUUCCAAGUACGUCUUCACUUCUUGGAAUUCAAUCUGGAGUAUGGCCACGAUCAGUUACUCAUCGGAGGAACAAACCCUGAUGAGGAUGAUGUGGAUUCAUCCUACUUGAUACUGACUGGUUCUGAAGUUCCGGAUGAUGUUGUGAGUCGCUUUAAUGGUCUUAAUCUCCGCUUCAAGACAGACAGCUCCAUGUCUAGCUCUGGAUUCAAACUCAUCUUCCAAGAAUUCUUUGACUGUCCAGAGGGGUAUGAAUAUGACCCAGCAAAUGAGACCUGUUACAAGUUCGUCAAGACCCCAGCCUCAUGGUUAGAUGCUCGCUACGACUGUAACGAUGUUGCCGACGGUGACCUGGUGGUGAUCGGCGAUAGUGAUGAGAAUGACUAUGUAUUGGAGAAGAUCAGGUCGAUGCAGGAAUCCAAUGAGACCGAGAAUUGGUGGAUAGGUUUCUAUGACCUGGCCAUCAACGGGGAAUGGGUUUGGGUGGACUGCGAACAGUCCACCUUGUAUGGUGAUAGCAACUGGCAGACUGGUGCUCCAAACAACACCGAUGAUCACCACUGUGCCUACAUCUCUACCGAAGAUGGAGAGUACAAUGACGACAUGUGUAGCAACAAUCGGAGCUAUGUCUGUGAAAUCACAAGAAAGAACUACGUGGAUUCUGAUUGCUAUCCAUCUAACUUCAGAGUCAGAGAAAUAUCAUUCACCAAAGCUGAUCUCGGGUUUACUGUCUCUGACUAUCUUUGUGAUGUGUCAGGUUACAAGAUCCGUUAUAAUACCAGCAUUCCUGGUGAAUAUAUGGAAGAAGAGCUUCUUGGGGCCAGGACCAACUCCAUUGUUAUUGAUGGACUAAAUGCUUCAACCACCUAUCACUUUGAACUGACAACAUGCACAGUCUCGUAUGGUUGUUACAGCUAUAGAACAGCAUUAUCCAUCUUGGCCUCAACUGCAGAAUGCCCAACUGGCUAUGACUAUUUCUUGGGAGAAAGCUGUUACUCUAUCAUGCCAGCCAGUUUGUCUUGGGUGGAAGCCAGAGACCAAUGUAUCAGUGGAGUAGCAGAAGAUGCAGACCUUGUGAACAUUGAGACAAUGGAGGAAAACCAGUACUUGGGAUCCAUGCUUCCUGCUUCAGGAGAUUACUGGAUAGGACUGUAUGAUGUAGUGGAAGAAGGAGAAUUCUUAUGGACGUACGAGUGUGUCCGACCCCCCUACCGUAACUGGGAUGGUGGAGAUCAUCCUAAGGAUCCCAAUGAAAAUUGUGUUACCAUGGAUACAACUGGACUUUGGAACGAUGCAAACUGCAGCAGCCCCGCAGGAUACAUUUGUGAAGCAACAGCCAGAUCGCUAGGUUCGGACCCAGAAGAUGUUAUUCCUCGCUUUUUCCGGGGAACACCCAUCAACGAGACAACAGUAGACCUGACAUGGAGCCCUCCUGCCCAAUUUUGUGACAUCACAGGAUACAAAGUUUCUGUCUUCAAGUCAGGGGAAUCUACGCCCUUGUCAGAGAUAGACGUCGAGGGUGGAGAAACAAGUGAAUUGAGGGUUGGCGGUCUAAGCAAGGGAAUGUUCUAUACAUUCCGACUGGAAACAUUGUCAUUUUCCUUCACAGAUGUUGUGCCUCUCGAAACUUCAGCUCAAACGACUGGUUGUCCUCGUCUUUAUGAGGGAUCGGAAAAUGGAUUCUGUUAUCGUUACUCUUCAGAUGAGUUGACGUGGACUGAAGCUACGUUGGAAUGUCGUCUUCAGCUGGGAGCCGACCUGGUUACCAUUGUUGAUGAGAAUGAAUUAGACUUCCUUAGAACAUUUAGUGACAAUGAUGGAUGGAUCGGAAUGUCUGACUCUGAGACUGAGGGAGACUUCACGUGGUCGACUUGCUUGGAUUGGACUAGAGAUACUUGGAACACACCAUCAGGAAACACAGAUGACAAGGACUGUGUCUACCUUGACAUUGAUACAGGAGUCCUGAUGGCUGAGAAUUGUUCGGCUCAGUAUGCAUUCUUAUGUAAAUACGAUGAAGACUUAGCAAAUGACAUCUACCCAACUGAUUUUGAGGCAGAGGUUUUGAGCUUCUCUGAGGUAUCCUUGACGUGGACCUUACCAACAAACCUCUGUUCCGUGACCGGUUACCGCAUUCAGUACUCCACAAAUAUCAUCCGUGGGGAGGUUCAGGUUGAUGGUGCUCAAAGUGAUUCCGUUGUAGUCAUGAAUCUUGAAGAAGAUACACGCUACUUCUUCACCAUCUCUCCCAUCGUCCCUGGCUCCGCCUACCCUCAAAGUAACCCAAUCAAUGCUACAACACCUCUGGCUCCACCCUGUCCUCCUGACUACGUCCUCGGCUUUGCUGGUAAUUGCUUCAAGGUUAGCAUGGAUUUUGCAUCUUGGACUGACGCAAGAGCAGACUGCCUCCAGACAGAGAAUUCAGAUCUGGUUGAAAUCACAAAUGAGACUAUGACGGCAUACCUACAGGGACAGACAGGAAAUGGACAAUACUGGAUUGGUCUUUAUGAUGCAGUGAACGAAGGUGACUGGCGAUGGGGUUCGGAAUGCACAGCGCCCUCUUACACUGAAUGGGGACCAGGUGAGCCAGGCAACAACGAAGAUGUAGAUUAUGACUGUGCUACAUUCGAUGGUGUAACAGGAACAUGGAGCGACCAGGUUUGCAGUAACACUCUCCUUUAUAUCUGUGAGAUCAAAGACCGUGAUUCGUCUCCUGAUAGUGUGUCACCCUUGCUGUUAAGAGGCAACUCCCAAACCCCGUCUUCUAUUACGGCAACAUGGUUCCCUUCUUCACAACAGUGUGACAUCCUGGCCUACAUCUUAGGCUGGCAGGGCCAAAAUGGAGAUACCGGAACGCUGACCGUCCCUGGCGGAGACACUUCAAGCGCUAUCAUCAACGAUCUGACCCCGGCCACAGACUAUGUCUUAUUUAUUGAUACUCUGACCUUCAGUUUUGGAAAUCUUGGUAAUUCAGCUGGGGUUGAGGUGUCUACUCUUGAGGAUUGUCCUGCAAAUUACGAGCUUGGUCCAACUGGAGACUGUUAUAGAUUUGUUCCUGGUGUGGUUGAAUUCCAUGAUGCUCGGGAGGUUUGCCAACAAACCAGUGGUGGAGAUCUGGUCGUCAUUGAAACCCCAUUCGAACUGGAAUAUAUCCUGAAUACAACAAGAGGGGGUGAUUGGUGGGUUGGAUUGUACGAUGUUGGAACAGAGAACAACCAUCGAUGGGUUGAUUGCACCGAGAUGAACAUCUGGCAGGUGUCCAACUGGGCUCCUGGUCAGCCAGAUGAUUCUGAUGGGACUCAAGACUGUGGUCAGAUGAUCUCUAGCGGAGAAUGGAUGGACUGGCCCUGUGACAGGCCAAACAUGUAUAUCUGUGAGCUCGAUCCUCGCAAUCUUGAACCAAGAGACCUAAGUCCCACAGAGUUCACUGCCAGUCCUCUCUCCAUCGUCAGCAUCCGCUUGUCUUGGGUACCAUCUGAUUUCAGCUGUGAUGUGACCGGCUACCGAAUCCUCAUCUCUCAGGGUCUACUUACAACCACCGUUGACAUUGAUGGUGGAGAAACAAGCAGUUAUCUUGUCAACGAUCUGCUGAUUGAUACUGAGUAUGGCUUCAGGAUUGCUGCUCUGACGCUAAACGGGCCGCUGGCAUACAGUGAACGUGUCGAUGCAAGAACCAACAAUGAAACAGUUGGUUGCCCAGCGGACUAUGAAGAAGGUUACCAGGGUGGCUGCUAUCGUUUUGUCAAGGGUUCUCUGACCUGGAGUCAAGCUCGUCUGGAAUGCAGUAAGGACUUUGGAGGUGAAUUGGUCGUCGUCGACAACCAAGAGGAAUAUGAUUAUAUUCUUGAUAAGACAGUGGAAGGAGAUUGGUGGAUUGGAUUGCAAGACCAGUGGUCGGAGGGUGACUUCCGUUGGACUGACUGCUCAUCGAUGACUGCAUGGCAGAUGACCAACUGGGCACCUGAUGAACCGGAUGAAGCUGAGGGUGAUGUCCAGGACUGUGUCCAGAUGAUCUCCAGUGGUCAGUGGAUGGAUUGGCCAUGUCAGAGGCCAAACCAAUUCAUCUGUGAGAUCUUUGCCAAGGACUAUGUCCCAAUCCAGACUGCCCCAAGUAACUUCAGUGGUGAGGCGAUCUCUGAUUCAACCAUCCUCUUGACUUGGGUUCCAUCAGAGUUUAACUGUGACGUCAUAGGGUACAUGAUUGAGUACACAGACCUCAACAAUGCUGUAGAAUUCAUUGUGGAAGGUGGUGCCUCCGACAGCAGCGUGGUGAGUGGUCUUCGUGCAAGCACAGCGUAUCGUUUCUCCAUCAAACCAAUGCUUCUUAUUGAUAGGAACUUGGAUUAUGGACUUCCGAUAGAAGCAAUCACUCUUCCUUAUGCAGGAUGCCUGGAACCUGUCAUCAUCACCGAUGCCCCUGGCAACAUCUCAUCUCCCAACUUCCCUAGCAACUACCCACCCUCUGUGGAUUGCGUAUAUACCAUCUCCUUGGAUACCCGCAUCCAGCUGAGCUUCCAGCUCCUCUUCCUCCUCCCUGAUCCCGAAGACUAUCUAACGAUCUCAGAGAUGGGAGAGAAUGGAUAUGAGGAGAGAGUGAGGCUAAGUGGAAUACGUUUGCCCAAGUCUUACAUCAGUGAGGCCACGUCUAUCCAGAUCAGGUUUGUGACAGACGAUCGAAUUGAAGGAUUUGGUUUCUUCUUCACCUACACUCGGUACAACGUUGAAUUACCUGCCGAGAAGCAGUGCACCAAUGUUUACCCUCUCAAAAUGGGACCAGUCCCAUUGUUGUUCAAUUCUCCUGGGUACCCCAAUGGUUACGAAGACAACCAGGACUGCGCCUAUGUCUUCCAACAAUCCUCAACAGCUCUUGGCGAUGUCAAGGUCGCUGCCGAUAACUUCAUUGAACUCAACUUCACCGACUUCAGCCUGGAGAACAACUAUGAUAUCCUUAUCGUAGGUUAUGGCAUGGAUCCGUCCAAUGGUACAACAGAGAUUGAUCGCUACUCCGGAACCAGCAAACCACAAUUCUUACGUUCCAGUGAGGAUGCUCUUUGGGUAAAGUUGGAGACUGAUUCUUCUAACGCUGCCGCAGCUCGGGGAUUCUCACUUACUGCUGAUGAGAAAACUCCUAGUGAAAUCCCGGGCACCAAACAGCCAGCACCGACAGAGAGCCCGGUCACAAACCUAACCUGCGGCGGCACAUUGAUCGUCCCCGUAGCUGGUUACCAGAAGGUCCAGUCUCCAAACUACCCUCAAGGUUACCCCACAAACCUGGACUGUGUCUGGUACCUACAGGCAGAUCAGGGUGGCAGGUUUAGGAUUGGUAUGGACACCAAUGCUUUCUUUACAGAAUAUGGGUAUGAUGUGGUUGAGAUUGGACGCGGUAAUGAUGCAUCCGAUCCCACUUCUCACUAUGUCUCGCUCUCUGGUACGGUGGAACCAUUCUCUAUCAUGAUUGAAGAGUCUAUCGGCUGGGUCAGGUUCACAUCUGACUACUCCACUGUAGAUAUAGGAUUCUCACUUGAUGCAGAGCAAGAUAGAGAUUGUGAGGAGACAAUCCUAAUUUCCCCUCUUACCAGGACAAUACGAUCACCUAACUAUCCUUCGCCCUAUGACAUCAACGGCUACUGCCUCUGGUCUAUCGUUUCAUCGUCUGGAGCCCCCAUCAGAGCUGUCGUCAAUGAUUUCAAAUCUGAGGGUCAGUAUGACAUCUUGGAUGUAGGAACCGGUCGAGGUGACAACGCCGUCUCCUUGGAUACCCGUGUUGCUCAGCUCUCCGGCCACGUCAACGAGUCCUUCACCACCAACUCUAAUCUUAUGUGGCUUGCGUUCACCACUGAUGGCAGCAACAACUUUGGUGGAUUUGAAAUUACAUUCUUUGAUGACAUGUGUUCCAAUGAGCUCAUCACCGAUGAUUCAGGGACUAUCCAAUCGCCUGGCUAUGGCUUCCAGUAUCCUAACUACGCCUCCUGUAACUGGGCCAUUCAGGUGGAAGAGGGUUACAACAUCCGCCUAUCCUUUGAAGGCUUUGACCUUGAGACCGGCCGUGAUACGCUCAGCAUCGUGGGAAGCCGUGCCAACCCUGUUGGAUCCCUGGUUCUAACUGGUUCUGAAGUACCUGAGGAUGUCAUUAGCUCUAUCAAUAGUCUCAUCAUCCAGUUCACUGCUGACUCCUCCGUUGUUGGACGCGGAUUCUCAUUUACCUAUGAAAAAUUCUUUGAUUGUCCUGAGGGUUAUGUUGAGGCUGAUGUCAAUGGCCCUACCUGCUACAAGUUUGUUGACAGGACAUCCACCUGGUUGCAGGCCAGAGAAGACUGCCGUUCUACCCCUGGUGCUGAUCUUAUCAUGAUCAACAAUGCGCUGGAGAACCGGUAUAUCAGGGAUGUUUCUAAUGGGGAAGAGUGGUGGAUUGGUUACUAUGAUGGAGGCCAAGAGGGUGUCUUCUCAUAUGUAGAAUGUGACACUUCAACCACGGGAUGGGCAAUCUAUAAUUGGGGUGAUGAUCAACCCAGUCGCAUACCUGGAAAUGAAGAAGACUGUGUGUAUAUCCUUGGUACCGAUGGGUAUUACUAUGAUGAUGAGUGUGAUUUCGCCAAGAGGUACAUCUGUGAAACAAUUCCAGUUCCUGAUGUAAUUCCGGAUGCAUUCAAUCCCAGUGACUUGAAGACGGAAGCACUAUCCCCUGACACUAUUCGUGUCAGUUGGACACCAAGCUCAUAUCGUUGUGAUGUCACAGGAUACACUAUCACAUACUCGCCAGUAGGCAUUGGUGGAAAUGAACUGACCGCGGUUGUCGAGGGGUCAACCACUAGUUUCUACGAUCUGAGUUCACUCAGUCCAAACAGGGAGUAUAUCAUCACCUUAAGAACAACAACGUUUAGUUUUGAAGAUCUCCCAGCCUUGCCACCUAUGAUGCAAACAACACUACCAGAAGGCACAACCAAUUGUCCAACUGGCUAUCAGCAGGGACCGGACUAUACUUGCUGGAGAUUUGCAGUGAACCCAUCCACCUGGUUUGAUGCUCGACUCAGUUGUCAAUCAGAUGAUCCAGAGGCAGAUCUAGCCGUCAUUGACACUCUUGAAGAACUUGAUUUCGUCAACAACACCCGUCUUUCAUUAUCAUACUGGAUUGGUUUCAAUGACCUUGGAACCGAGCGGUUGUUCCGUUGGAUGGACUGCCAGGCCCCGGACACCUGGCAGACACUCAACUGGGCUCCCGGUGCGCCCUCUGAUCUUCUUGGUAACAAUGAUUGUGUUGAGCUCAAUGAAGCAGGCCUAUGGGAUGAUAUCACCUGUGAUACCACCAGACCUUUCAUCUGUAAGGUCCAGGCUAAGGGUUUCACCGAGGAAGACAUGUACCCAUCCCAGUUCACCGUUCAACCAACCUCUGCCCUGACCGCAUCGGCAAUGUGGUUACCAUCCCUCUCCAGCUGUAACCUCCUCGGGUACUACCUCAUUGCUUCCGAUGGUGGUCUCAAUGAUGACAUCAUCACUGAUGUUGUUGGUGCCCUGUCUGUACAGGGGGAGAUCACAGGUCUCUUACCAGGCACUUUCUACGUCAUUUCCAUCGUUCCAUACUCUGCUCAGCGUACUUUGGAGAACAGAUACGAGACCCUGAUCGAGACAUUUGAUGAAUCCACGAUCUGUCCCGACGGUUUCGAGCUCGGUUACAACUUUGGAUGUUACCGCUUCGCUACUGAACCCAAGGAUUGGGACGCUGCUCGCAUGGACUGCAUGAAUACUACAAAUGCAGAUCUUGCUGUUGUCGACACGCAGGAUGAGAUGGAUUUCUUCAUCGAGAAAGGAUUCGGUGGCUACGACUGGUGGGUCGGUCUGUAUGACAGGGCGGACGAGGGAUCCUAUCGUUGGGUGGACUGUUCUGAUCUCUCAAAUUGGGGUCAAUCCCAGUGGGACGUAGGUCAACCAUCGGACAUUGAUGGCAGCGAAAACUGUGGUCAGCUUCAAGACAACGCCAAGUUCAAUGAUAGGGCCUGUGAAAGGGCCCUGCCUUACGUAUGUGAGAUCAUCGUCAAAGAUUUUGAUGAUGAAGAUGUAGACCCCAUUCUGUUCACAAGCACGGCCGUCACAGAGAAUUCACUUCUGCUUCGAUGGUUACCAUCAGAUUACAACUGUGACAUUGUUGGAUAUACAAUUACCUACACCAACGAUGGUCCCCAGAUUGUUGAUGUGCCAGGAGGUGACUCUAAUAGCCAGCUGAUCACGGAUCUCAUGCCAGAGACUACUUACACAUUUACCCUACGUGCAAACACAUACAUGGGACCAAGGGAUACAAGUCGAACAACAACGGUGACCACAUUACCACCAGCAAAUCCGUGUCCUGAGGGCUGGUUUGUCGGUUACGAAGAUCAUUGCUACAAGGUCGCCAAGUCCCUUGUCACCUGGGAUGAAGCCCGUCAGGACUGCAUGUCUGUCGAAGAUGGUGAUCUAGUUGUCAUAGAAACAGAAAUGGAGAAUCAAUACCUGUGGAAUGAGACUCUUGGAAAUGACUAUUGGAUUGGUUACUAUGAUCGAGCAAGGGAAGGCCAGUGGAGCUGGGUUGACUGUGGAGCAGAUACCGAGUUUGCCUUUUCCAACUGGGCACCCGGACAGCCUAAUGACCUCAAUGGCGUCCAGGAUUGUGGGCAAGUUACCAACUUUGGGGAGUAUAAUGACUGGGAGUGUGAUCGCACUAUGAUGUACAUCUGUGAGAUUUGGGCAAAGAGUUACCUCCCAUCACAAGCCAAUCCAAGUUUGUUCCGUGGAGAAGCAAUCAACCCCAACACAGUCACCCUUUCCUGGACUCCGUCUGUCCGCUACAGCUGUGACGUCGUCGCCUACCGCAUCACCUACGAGGACCCAAGAGACACCAUUCCUACAAGUGUAGAUGUUCCAGGAGCAGAUGCAUCCUCGGUAACACUUGGAGACCUUCAAGAUGGAGUGAUGUACAAUUUCUCCAUCUCGUCGGUGCUUGCUUCUGGACCGGUGCUCGCUGCUCAGGAAACCAUGGUCAUGACUCCAUCGAUGGAUGAUCUUUGUGAACCAGGCUGGUUUCCAGGCUACAACUAUGUUUGCUACAAGGUAGUCCUGGACCUGGUUACCUGGGACGAAGCUCGUGCUGAUUGCCAGUCUAUCCAAGAUGGUGAUCUGGUCAUCAUAGAAACUGAAGAGGAACUCAACUAUAUCCGUGAAAAUGUGAAUGAAGGCGAUUAUUGGAUAGGCUUCUAUGAGGGUAGCGAGGGAGACUGGAAAUGGGUAGACUGUGCCGUUCCAUCCGUCUGGGCCAGGACCAACUGGGCUGUGGGUCAACCCAACGACCUCUCUGGAACCCAGGACUGUGGUCAGAUGACAAAUGCUGGAACGUGGAAUGAUUGGGAGUGUGAACGCACUGGCCAGUACAUCUGUGAGGUCACCCCUAAAGAUUGGGGCAUUUUAGAUCAAAAUCCAUCUCGUCUGCGCGGAGAAGCCAUCGAUCCCCACACCAUUCAGCUGGAGUGGCGAACCUCUAGUACCAACUGCGAGGUCACGGGCUACCGCAUCUACGUUGUCGUAGAACCUGACGAAGAGGCGUACAGUGUGGAUGUGGUCGGCGGAGAGACGGACUCAUUCCUCAUGAAGAAUCUGAUGGCCAAUACUGUCUAUACCUUUGAUAUUGCUGCUAUCACAACAAUCAGGAUCCUCCCACCGGUUGGAACUUUGGCUCGUGUCAGUACUCCUGCAAGCGGAGAAUGUGGCAUCACUGAAUUCCUUGAGGAGUCUGGUUUUGUCAUCUCACCCAACUACCCCAAUGCUUAUCCAAACAACCAAGACUGCGUAUACACCAUCAUGCUUCCAGAUCCAACUAAGGUGGUGGAGAUAAAGGUUGAGACCCUGGAACUUGAGCAAGGGCAAGAUUUCUUGCUCAUUGGAUCAGGUGCUACAGUUGAUGAGGGCACUCUUGCCACCCUAAGCGGUGAUACCAUUCCAGAGCAAACCCUCAUCACCGACUCUAACUAUGCCUGGAUGAGAUUCAUGAGUGAUGAAUCGAUUUCCUCUUCAGGGUUCUCAAUCUCUUAUGAGUCCAAGACAGUUGAGAAGGACGGAGAGAUGAUCGGUAGUGUAACCAUCUUACUAGUAGACGAAACUGCAGAAACACUGACUCCCGAGGACCAAGACAUGUUUACUUCAAGUGUAGCUGAGCAACUAAACGUCUAUUGCAUGGCUUCACAAGAAAAUUGUCUGGCUGACAUGAACGGAAACGAAUUCACCGCUGACAACGUCAUCAUCACAAGCGUGGUUGAGGUCAGUGAGGGUGUCGAAGUAACUUUCUGGGUCAGUGAUCCCAAUGACCCCACAGGCAAUGCCGCUGCAUUGAACAGCGAACAGCUUGAGAACUUCCUAAUUGAAAAUGAGGCUCCAAUCGAGGAAGGUGGACCUAACUUUGAUUACAUCAUGCGACCUAAGGUUACCAACGCCAUUGAAGAGCCUUGGGUUAUUGCCGUCAUUUGUCUCCUCUGCUUCUGCUUCUUUAUCCUGUGCGUUGUGCUCGUCAGAGACUGUUUCAAAAAGAUAGAUGAGAAGACACCCUCGGUUGAUUCAUUGCAAAUGAUGCCAAACGUCACUGCAACCGUUGACUCAGAAAAUAAUGAGAAGAGAGACAGCACCUACAACGAAAAUGUCUAUUUCCAAUCCGGAGAACGCAUUGUAGAGGACGAGAAGGACAUCAAGAAAUCAGCCCCGCCCUCCACCACUCCCCAGACCAAUGGUCAAGCCUAUGAGGUAGCUACCACCAGCUUCUCCACCACGCCCACAUCUGCAGACCCCACCUAUGCUGCCCCGCAGAAGAAGGCGAGUACCAAGUCGGUGAGGGCCGACGUGGAGGCCGGCGUCGAGGCUUCGGAGGACGAGGAGUGAUGGAGGAGCCAAGCUGCAUCUGGCUUUAAGUAUUCUAUGUUUUAAAAGUUGAUGUUUUAUUCCCCAUCCCUUGAUUUAUUAUGAUUUGUUCAGUUGUGCAACUGUACCUUGCUUGAGUUUAUACAAUGAUAAGAUUACUUGUGUAAAACUGUUCAUGAGUAUUUUAUCCCUUUGUGCACAAAUUCUGUAAAUUUUCACAUUUUCUCAACUAAUAACAAUGAUAGUAAUGAAUAGAAAAAAAAGUUUCUCCUUCGUCUCUGGACAAGAGAAACUUAAAGUUGCUAUGGUAACUACGUAGACCUAUAUAUAUGUAGUCUAUUUAAAUUGAUUACCCAUUAUCACUGGUGCAUUUAGAAUAGAUGGUUUCAACGAAAAUAUUAAAUUUAUCACCUUAUGUAAGUGCGCAAAGGGUUGAAAAUUCAGGAUAUAUGUUUGCUUACAAUGUCAGAUGUUUACUUUGAAAUGAAAAUAUGCUAUGAAUUGCAUUCCUAUACAAUAAUAUACAUACAUAUACAUUCCAACUGAAGUGCAGAAGUAUGAAACUAUUAUAUGCUGAAUAUUUUCAACAAUUUUUAAGGUACAUGUAGUACUUCAAUAACUUUCUUAUUUCUCAUUUUUUUUGCAUUGAUAAUUCAGCUGAUUUCACAUUGUAACUCAAUUUGACUUGGUUUUCACUGCAUAGACAUCCCAGUAUUACUGACUACCGCAUCAUAUUCAGGUAUUAGCUUUCUGUACCUGUCAAUAGCUACCUGUUUUCUAUGAAAGUAGAAUAAAUAUUUUAUACAUGUAAUAUCGGGGAAACUUGAACAGCGUGAUAUAUUUCAUAUAUUGUAUGAUUGGUUGUAUCCAUUUUUGCAUUGUUAUCUGAAAUUUUUAUAUGGUAAGGAGCCUUGUUUAUUAUUGCAGAAUUAUUUGGUGAAUGAUGAAAUCCGCAUUAAAUAAAUUUAAUUAAUUCUAAUUUUCAUAAGAUUUUUGAAAUUUUAUUAGCAUCUGUGAAGAAUUAUUGAUCACGUUGAGAAAAGUAAACAAGAAAACAUUUGAAGAACAAUCAAAGAGGUGAGCUUUGAAUAUUGCAUAUAAAUGUUUCUUCAUUCAAUAGCCAAAGUUCGAGGAAUCAAGCAAUUACAUCAGCCCCAAGUAUCCCGAAUAUCACUUUUUAGUAUCAAAAUACUGUCUUAAAAUCACUCUAAAGAGAGAGUUGUAUUUCAGCCCUGUUGGGUGUACUAAUGGCAGUAUGAAACCCAAAUGAAGAUGAAAAGCACCAACAAUUCGAAAAUGUUUAUUGGUUUACAGACUUUAGAUAGUGCAUUGAUAUUAGGAAUUUUAAUAAUUUGAAAUAUUUUUUAAAACAUUUAUAGCAGAAAAUUCAAAUCUUCAUAGAUUCAGGCAAGGAGGUUUUCAUAUAACACUACCUUUUGGCAUGGAAGAGAAAUUGCAAUUUCAAUUCAUCUGUGAAGAAUGAUUUCAUUUUUUUUUCCAGAUAGCACCCACAUAUCAUAUAACUCUAUUUCCCUUACCUUUUUUUCUCAGAAAUUGUACGUUAAUUUUUGCACAUUGUUGUCUGAAAAUGAGAAAACUUCAAGUCUUACUUGAUUGCUCUCAAUGAUUCAUUAUUGCUGCAUAGAUUAUAUCAAAUAAAUUCAA